UUUGGCUGUUGCAAUCCGGUGGCGGAAGCAGAGUACCGACUUCCGGCUCGGCACUCCAGUAAAAGUAAUCUGUUUAGCGGAGGGUUUGCAGAAGCAGUUGAUCGACUCCCAGACCAGUCAAGCGGCCCUCUGAGGAGGGAACUGAACCUCAGUGAAUAACUAUACUAAAUAAGACCAUGAUGUUGAUGAAAUUAAGGAAAUUUAUAGCGAAUCAACAGAAAGUAUCCAGGUUGCAUAUUAAUCACAUGUGUUCCUGUAGAACAAGAGUGAUUUUAAAGGGAUUACUAUCACGAGUUUUUCUUGGAAGAAAUUAUACUUCCCUACCAGAAAAUGAUGUCAAAUCUCUCCGUUCCAUCAUCAACCCUCCUAUGUCUAAAAUUCGUAACAUUGGAAUUAUGGCUCAUAUUGAUGCAGGCAAAACCACAACCACAGAGAGAAUAUUGUAUUAUUCUGGUUACACCAGAUCUUUGGGAGAUGUUGAUGAUGGGGACACAGUGACAGAUUUCAUGGCCCAAGAGCGAGAAAGAGGCAUUACCAUUCAAUCAGCUGCUGUUACAUUUGAUUGGAAGGGCUAUAGAGUUAAUCUCAUUGAUACACCAGGUCAUGUGGACUUCACUUUAGAAGUUGAACGCUGUCUAAGAGUAUUAGAUGGUGCAGUAGCUGUAUUUGAUGCUUCAGCAGGUGUAGAGGCACAGACUCUGACAGUAUGGAGACAAGCUGAUAAAUACCGUGUGCCCCGAAUCUGUUUUAUAAAUAAGAUGGACAAAACUGGAGCAAGUUUUAACUAUGCUAUUGAUAGCAUCAGAGAGAAGUUGAAGACAAAACCUUUGCUUUUACAGUUGCCGAUUGGUGAAGCAAAAUCUUUUAAGGGACUAGUCGAUGUUGUGACUAUGGAAAAAGUUAUUUGGAACACUGUAUCUAAUUCCGAUGGCGGAAAACACUUUGUGAGAGAGCCCCUUACAGAACAGAAUGAUUCUGAAUUGCUGAAGGAGGCCAAGGAAGCAAGAAAUGCCUUAAUUGAACAAGUUGCAGAUCUGGAUGACGAGUUUGCUGACCUAGUUUUAGGAGAAUUUAUUGAAAAUUUUGAUUUGUUACCAGCUGAAAAGUUACACCCUGCAAUACGUAGAGUAACUGUGACUCAGAAGGCUGUCCCUGUGCUCUGUGGAAGUGCCCUGAAGAAUAAAGGGGUUCAGCCCUUAUUAGAUGCCAUCACUAUGUACCUGCCUUCUCCUGAUGAGCGUAAUGAUGAAUUUCUGCAGUGGUAUAAAGAAGACUUGUGUGCCCUGGCAUUUAAAGUUCUCCAUGACAAACAGCGUGGACCUCUAGUUUUCAUGCGCAUUUAUUCUGGUACAAUGAAACCCCAAUCAGCCGUUCAUAACAUUAAUGGAAACUGCACGGAGAGAAUAAGUCGCUUACUAUUGCCUUUUGCUGACCAGCACAUAGAAAUUCCUUCUCUGACAGCAGGCAAUAUUGCCCUAACUGUUGGACUUAAACAGACUUCCACUGGAGAUACCAUUGUUUCAUCCAAGGCCUCGGCAUUGGCUGCAGCCCGUCGAGCUGGAAGGAAUGAAGGAAAGAUACACAGAAAAAACAUGGAAACAGGGAGCCUUUUAUUGGCGGGGGUAGAGAUUCCAGAACCUGUCUUCUUUUGUACCAUAGAGCCCCCUUCAGUGGCCAAACAACCAGAAUUGGAUCGAGCAUUGAACUGCCUUCAACGUGAAGAUCCCAGUUUAAAAGUGCGUUUAGAUCCUGACUCUGGACAAACUAUUCUUUGUGGCAUGGGGGAGCUGCACAUUGAGAUCAUUAAUGACCGCAUCAAGAGGGAAUAUGGAGUCGAGACUUUUCUUGGUCCUCUACAAAUAGCAUAUAGAGAAACCAUCCUAAACUCAGGCCGUGCCACAGAUACGUUGGAUAGAACAUUAGGAGAGAAAAGACAUUUAGUGACUGUGGAACUGGAAGUGAGGCCAUGUACAAGAGAAAAAUCCGAAAUAACCCCUGUUAUUGAUUAUGCUGAAAAUAUCAGGGAGGAGCUUCUGCAAGAGUUUCAAGAGGCCAUUGAAAAUGGAAUUCAUAGUGCAUACCUGCAAGGACCAUUGCUUGGAUUCCCAAUCCAGGAUGUUGCAGUUACUCUGUGUUCAUUGACACUUCACCCUGGCACCUCGACAACAAUGGUUUCUGCCUGUGUUUCCCGUUGUGUGCAAAAGGCUUUAAAGAAAGCUGAUAAGCAAGUUCUGGAACCCCUAAUGAACCUGGAAGUUACAGUGACCAGUGACUACCUCAGUGCUGUCCUAGCUGAUCUUGCACAGAGAAGAGGCAGCAUUCAGGAAAUCCAGAGUCGUCAGGAUAACAAAGUUGUCAUUGGAUCAGUUCCUUUGGCUGAAAUGAUGGGAUAUUCAACUGUGCUCCGAACUUUAUCAUCUGGCACUGCAACUUUUGCUCUAGAGUUGUCUAAUUAUCAAGCUAUGAACCUUCAGGACCAAAAUGCCUUGCUCAGUCGAAGGAGUGGAUUGGCCUGAUUGUUUUAAUCACAUGGAAAUGAAAAAACUGGGAGUUCAUUAUCUCAGUUAAGUCUCUUCAUUGUAUGAAGAUCCCCGUUAAUGACUUUUCCUGAGAAGGGAGAUACCAGUCUCAUUUAUGACAUGAAACGUGAGCUGUCCAGGUUAUACUUAGUACUUAAUUAACUGGUCGGAUACACUUGUUGACUACUGGAGCCUUGCUGGGUAAGGCAUGAUAAGGGAUCCCCCUGAGUGUCUUUUUGAGUUGCCAUAUUUUUCAAAAACACUGGGCUGACUUAAUUUGUUGUUGUAUCCCAAGCUGAACUCCUUGUGUGUCCUUGGGAGGCAAGAGAGGCACCAGCUAUCUAUGGGAUUACUGCUUGUGAAGUUGGGGUCUUCUGCAGAUAAGGGGACCCUUCUAUCUUGUAGUCUAGCAGUCCCCAUGGGAAAAAGAAUGUGGCUGUUUGCUGUUGCCCCUUCGCUCCUCCCCAUGGGGAGUGGUUUUGGUGUCCUUUGAUGCACUGUUCUCCCUCCCAUGUUACACCCUUUCCUGGUAUCCCCACUUCCCUUUGUCCUGCUAUAAUAAAAGUGUAAACUUCUGUAAAACUUUGAGCCCAUUGAGUUCCCAUACAGGUUCAUUUCUCUUGUAACAAGCCUGGUUUUUACAUAAGUCUCAUGACCUGAUUGCCUAUUGACAUUACUGAUGAUCAUUUUAAUUAUUUUAAGUAGCCUGAGCUAAGAGAGCUUUCUCUCAAAAGGGAAGUGGACAAAACCUAUGAACGGUUUUCAAAGGAAGAAUUACCAGCUAUUAACGAUUAUGAAAACAAGUUCUAAAUUAGAUUGUCUGUAGUUUCACCUCACACCCUCAAAAUUGGCAGAUAUCUCGGUCCAUUUCAGAGGGACUUUGAGACCCCAGAUGGGCAAAUUAAUACACAGUUGAUAAAGCUGUGAACUGCCGCAGCCAUUUUGGAAAACAAUAGGAAAUUGUCUAAGUGACUAAACUGUUCAUCACCUUUGACGUACUGGUAUAGCAAGAAGGCCGUGUGUAGAAACAGAGUUUCAGUAUAUACCAAAAGCAGAGUUGUUGUAGCAAGGAACUGGCAACAAAGUAGAUGGUGAAAUGGCUUAACUGUGGUAUGGCGAAGGAAUGGAAAUGUGCAGGAAGAAAUGACAAAUGUGAAGAAUGUGGAGACACAUGGAAGGAUCUAAAUGAACUGAUGCUGGGGGUGAAAUAAGCAGCACUGGAAUGACUACACAUCUGUAAAUGAAAAGAUGCUAAGAGGCCAGGCAUUGGAAAGCAGAUCAUGAAACUUUCCUUCCUGUUCCUCCCAGCUGAGGCAAGACUGAAAGGGCAGAUUGUUGCAUUCACAUGAAUUCACCAUAGCAGUUGUUCUUGCUCAGCUGUUUUUGUUACAAGGGGAGGUUCAGUUCUAGGGAUCCAGGUAUGAAAGUGAUAUAGAAAUUCUAUAAUAACAUUUAUUUGCUUAUUUAUUUAUCUAUCUAUUUAUUUAUUGUAGCCUGCUUUUUCAUAUUUUUUUUUUAAAAUUCCCUACACAGUAAGUAGAUGUUCACUGUUAGGGUAAUGGCUAAAUGAAUUGUAGUGUGUGAAUGUGAUGGAAUAUUAUUGUUCUGCAAGAAAUUAUGAAUAUGGAGAAUUCAGAGAUUUAUUUGAAAGAUACAAAAUGAAGUAAACAGUGAGGAAAACAGCAUUUGCAAUGACUACAAGAAUCUAAGUAGAGAGAAAAAAUAAAAUGAAUGUUGUGUAAAUAUAAUGAAUGGCCUAAUUUGUCCCUGAAGCCAAGAUGAGGAAAAUGUAUCUCCUCUCCCUUUUUUGAAGAAGUGAGGUACUAUGGAUAUGGAGUAAUGCAUAUACUCUCAGCCUUGGUCGAUGGGUUGGGUGAUUUUGCUAAACGGUAGGUUCCUCUUCCUUUUUGGCCCCUCUAUCCUCGAUUCCAAGGAAUGGCUUGCUAGUUAGGGGUUAUAUUUGGAAAUGAAGGUGAUAUAAAAAUAAAAAUCUCAAAAACAAUCUUUUCUCUGAAAAAUGUUAAUAUCUCUGACAAGAAAGAGUAUCAUCUACUCUAGGACAUGGUAUGUCCUAAGUGUUUCAUUCAAAAGUAUAUUUAAUACCCUCAUUCAGCUGAUAUAUAGUAGAAGCCCAAGUUUUGGCAUGGGAGGCACAUUCUGUGAAAGGGAUUGUUUCUCCAUCCUGCACUGGGUUCAAGGCACUAGGGAAAAUUUUGGUUUGUCUUGACAUCAUUCUCCAGAUUCCCUUGCCUGUCAAAGUGCUUCAU